AUGGCCCUUAGGCUCAUUUCUGGAGUGGAACAGCAACUACAGGAGGUUAAUGAUUGCAUAUAUAAACUAGAAUUUGAUCAAACAAAGGUUAUGGCCCCUCAGAACCAGAGUCUACAUGAUGACUUGGUUGGUUGUGCCGCCAGUCUUGUUUCUGCUUCACUUAAUAUUAACCCAGUGACAAUUGGUUUGACUACAGAAGAUUCUAUUGAGUGUUCUGUAAAAAGAGGUGUUGUUAAGUGUAGUAGGAAUAGAUUGAGAAAAUAUAAAAAACUAAAAAGGUAUGUUAAUAAUACAAAAAAAAAACUAUUUAAUAUACAAAAAUCAAUUCACAAAAAUUUCAAGUUCUCCAAGGACCGCAUACAAUUGAUAGAAAAAUUAGAAACUUGCCAUUCUAUAAUCAUUGAAAAUAUGACAACCUACAAAGAGAAUAUUGACAUGAUAAUAAGUAAAAUAAAUAACCGCCAAAAAUCUUUAGUAAAAAUGACUAUAAAUUAUCACUCCAAAAAAGAGAUAGGGGAGUAUAUACUGGCCUUGAAAUGCUUAUUGAUUACUUCUGUAUCGGAGGGUACACAAAUAGAUUCUUUCUCCUUGGUGUUGGGCCUGGAUUCCAGGGAGAAGCAACAUAAACAAUCAGUAUAUGAGCCUUUAAACUCACACACAAUAAAUCUUUUAAGAAUAAUAAUAUUUUUAUUCUACAAAAGAGAGCUGUCCUCUCUAUAUAUAAUUUACAGUCUAGAGAAUCUCUUAGAGAAAUAUUUAAAGAAAUGA